AUGGGCGAGAGUUUGAGUUCGGGUUACAAAGAGUAUGUGGCGGGUAUGUUAGCGGGCGUUGCCACUGUCAUCGUUGGUCACCCAUUUGACACUGUGAAGGUUAAGCUCCAAAAACACAAUACAGAAGCAAAUGGAGUGAGGUACAAGAAUGGUUUACACUGUACUGCAAGAAUACUAAAGACUGAAGGAGUGAAAGGGCUUUACCGCGGUGCAACACCUUCUUUCCUAGGAAUGGCCUUUGAAAGCUCACUUGCCUUUGGAAUUUAUUCUCAAACAAAGCAGUUUCUGCAGGUGGGAUCACAUAGUAAACAGCCACAGCUUAGUGUUAUAUUUCCCUCUGGGGCUUUUGCCGGAGCUAUUAUUAGCUUUAUACUAUGCCCGUCAGAGUUGGUAAAGUGUAGGAUGCAGGUUCAAGGCACUGACUCUUUGCUUCCAGGCUCUAGGAGAUACGCUGGUCCUCUUGAUUGUGCCCUGGAAACAGUAAAAAGUGAAAGGCUUACAGGCUUAUUUCGAGGAGGAUUCACAACCUUGUUAAGAGAAUCUAUGGGAAAUGCAGUCUUCUUCAGCACGUACGAGCAUGUACGCUAUCACAUGCACCGAAAAUUAAGAGAUUCUUCAUCUAGUGCAACUGGUUUGGUGGACAUGGGGAUUGGGAUCAUUAGCGGUGGCCUUGGCGGCAUAGCAUGUUGGUCUGCUGUUCUGCCAUUGGAUGUGGCGAAAACCAAAAUUCAAACUGCUCCCGACAGAAACCAUACAAGAAAUCCUUUUCGGAUUUUAAAAUCAAUUUACGGGAGGUCUGGACUUAAAGGAUGCUAUACAGGUCUUGGUCCGACUAUAGCUAGGGCAUUUCCUGCUAAUGCUGCUGCAAUUGUCACAUGGGAGAUGGCCGUGAAAAUGUUGGGGAUCCCCCGUAACUAA